CUAGUUUCCUGUCAUUCUUCACUUUCCUUAAUUGUUGAUGAGCUCUGGUGAGCCGUCGCGCUGAAUUCCAAAUCCUGCAUUUCGGUUGGUCCCGAUCGAACCUUCAUUCCCUCCCUCCUUUUGGACGUUUCUUCGAAAUUCGACUGCCGUCAAGAUGGAUCCGACGCAUAUUCCUCCCGUCGGCCCUGCGGAGGGCACGGAGCUGCCCCACGAGAAUCAGCCUGCCUUCGAAAUGCCCACCCACGCCACCGACCUGGUGGCUCCGGACGAGAUGGUCAGCCCGGCGGCAUAUAACAACAACGGUUACAGCAGCGACUCUCGCGCCAACUAUUCCUCUCAUACCUACGAAUUCAACUCGCCCACUCGGGACGUGCAGUCAGUAGAUGGUGAUCAGCCUCGUCCGGCCCUGUCGCCCACGUUGACCCAUCAGCCGCUAGCCCCGUCGUCGUCACGACCCAGCUCGGGAUUGUCCCAUAACCAUGACCGACCGGGUAACUCGCAGCUCACCCAGGAGGUGGGCGGGAAGCAGUCGCAGCAGUCGAAGAACAGCGUGGUGAUCAAGGUCGGAAUGGUGGGCGAUGCGCAGAUCGGAAAGACGAGUUUGAUGGUGAAAUACGUGGAGGGAAGCUGGGAUGAGGACUAUAUUCAAACGCUGGGCGUCAACUUCAUGGAGAAGACGAUUUCCAUCCGCAAUACGGAGAUCACCUUUUCGAUCUGGGAUCUUGGUGGUCAGCGCGAAUUCGUCAACAUGCUGCCGCUGGUGUGCAACGACGCCGUGGCGAUCCUGUUCAUGUUCGAUCUCACCCGCAAGAGCACGCUGAAUUCGAUUAAAGAGUGGUAUCGUCAGGGCCGGGGGUUCAACAAGACGGCCAUUCCGUUCCUAAUCGGCACCAAGUACGAUCAUUUCGUCAACUUCCCGCGCGAGGACCAAGAGGAGAUCUCUAUCCAGGCGAGGCGAUUCGCCCGGGCCAUGAAAGCUAGCUUGAUCUUCAGCAGUACCAGCCACUCGAUCAACGUGCAAAAGAUCUUCAAAAUCGUCCUCGCGAAAGCCUUCGACCUGAAGUGCACAAUCCCCGAGAUCGAGAACGUCGGCGAGCCGCUGCUGCUGUACAAGAAUGUCUAAUCACGAUGACAACGGAGGAGUGGAUAACGAUUAUGUACAUUGGGACGAAGUCAUGUUGACGAUCGAUCGAACUUCUCUCCCUCGAGCCGAGUUGGAGACGGUGAUCAAUCAUGCAGAAAGUGGUCACAGAUGGGGUGCUUCCGUGCAUUCUCUCUUUUUGUCUUUCCUUCUUCCUUUCUUUAGCAUUGGGAUGCGUCCAGGGUUUUUCCUCUUUCUUUUCUUGUUAUUAUUCUCUUCUACCUUUCUCCUUCGCCUUCCAUCUUCACCUACCAUUCUUUCCGUUCAAUUCCCCACCUGUUUUCUAAUCUCUUUGCCCGAUCGCCCAUCUGUUGUGUCUUACUGUGGACGGGAGACUCAAAUGAUGGCGUGCUAGAAGUCUGUCUAAUACUGUUUCCUCUGUGAAAAUUAGGUUACAUUGUCAUGAGCAAUGUGAUAUGUUCAUUUACUUGAAUCAAGUUAUUUUGGAG